AUGGCGUUUGGAGCUCCGCGUGGACGGGGUGGAGCCCCCCGGGGCCGUGGAGGUGAUCGGGGUGGACGUGGUGGACGUGGUGGUGGGAGAGGCGGUUUAGGAUUCUCGGACCGUGGUGGUCGUGGCGGUGGUCGCGGAGGUAGAGGCGGUGGUAGAGGAGCCCCUCGUGGCCGUGGAGGUCGUGGAGGUGGACGAGGCGGCGGCCCCGGCGCCAAGGGCGGUGCCAAAGUUAUCAUUGAACCCCAUCGUCACCCCGGUGUCUUCGUCGCUCGUGGUGGAAAGGAAGAUCUCCUCGUCACCAAGAACCUCACCCCAGGCGAAUCCGUCUAUGGCGAGAAGCGUAUCUCCGUCGAAUCAACUGAACCUACCGCCAAUGGUGAAACUCCCGCUGCCACCAAAGUUGAGUACCGUGUAUGGAAUCCCUUCCGCAGCAAGUUGGCCGCUGGUAUCCUUGGUGGUCUCGAUAACAUCUACAUGCGCCCGGGCUCGAAAGUGCUGUAUCUCGGAUCUGCCAGCGGAACCUCUGUCAGCCAUGUCGCUGACCUCGUCGGCCCUACUGGAACCGUCUACGCUGUCGAGUUCUCCCAUCGUUCCGGCCGUGACCUAAUUGGAAUGGCUACUCACCGUACCAAUGUCAUUCCCAUUGUCGAAGACGCACGUCACCCCCUUCGCUACAGAAUGUUGGUCGGAAUGGUUGAUGUAAUCUUUGCAGACGUUGCCCAGCCUGACCAAGCCAGAAUUGUGGGUCUUAAUGCCCAUCUCUUCCUUAAGGCGGGUGGUGGCGUUAUUGUCAGUAUCAAGGCAAAUUGUAUCGAUAGCACAGCGAAGCCUGAGGUCGUGUUCGCCAAGGAAGUCCAGAAGAUGAGAGAGGAGAAGAUAAAACCCAAGGAACAACUCACACUAGAACCCUUCGAACGUGACCAUUGUAUAGUUGCUGCGAAUCCGAUCCCCUCAUUCCAAGAUUCUGAGCAAGGUAGUUUAAGUACUGUACUAUUAACUUACAACAUACAAUCUAAGCCCAACAGAGCCACAAUGCCCACUGCAAUCCUGAUAACCGGCGCCGGUGGCUUCGUCGGCCAAGAACUAACAGCGGCCCUCCUCAACACCACACCCCCAGACACAACCCUAACCAUCACAGACGUCACCUCCGCCCCUCCCAUCCCCGCUAGCGCUAGCAAACACGCCUCCCGCGUAACCUCCAUCCAAGCAGACCUAACUUCCCACGCAGCCGUAGACUCCCUCAUAGACCCUUCCUCCUCCCCACCCCGGCGCUACGAUGUCGUCUACAUCCUCCACGGCAUCAUGUCUAGCGGCUCCGAAGCCAACUUCGACCUAGGCAUGAGCGUAAACCUGUUUGCAACGCACUAUAUCCUCGAUAGGCUGCGCAGGACCAUGCCCGGCGUCAAGGUCGUAUAUACCUCUUCGCUUGCCGUGUAUGGACCCACAGCGCCCGGGUUUGUCAUUACAGAGCGGAACAUGCCCCAGAUGCCUACGUCGUCGUAUGGGAUGGAGAAGAUGGUCAUUGAGCUGAUGCUGAACGAUUACUCGCGGCGUGGGUACUUAGAUGGGCGGGUGGUUAGGCUGCCGACUGUGACGGUGCGGGCGAGGGUGCCGACGCAGGCGGCCAGUAGCUUUGCCAGUGGCAUUUUGCGCGAGCCGCUGAAUGGGACAAAGAGCAUGUUACCUGUCAAGAAGGAGACGGAGCUGUGGAUCUGCUCGCCGUAUACGGCUGUGAGGAAUCUAAUACAUGCGAAGGAUGUGCCGAAGGAGGCGUUUGGGGAUUCGCGGUCGGUGAAUUUGCCCGGGAUUAAGGUGUCUGUUCAGGAGAUGUUGGAUGUUUUGGAGGAGGUUGGUGGCAGGGAGAAGAGGGCGCUGGUGGAGGAGAGGUAUGAUGAAGAUGUUGAUCGGAUUGUGCAGGGGUGGUCGGUGAAUUUUGAUAUUGCGUGGGCGAAAUCGUUGGGCUUUCAUGAGGAUAUGUCGUUGUUGGCUAGUGUGCGGAGGUAUAUGAGGGAGUAUGGUAAAGAUAUCAGUACAGAGAUAUUUUAA